AGUCUGGAUCCUCUGGUCGAGCUCGCCGAGUCGCGCACGCAGUGAAAAGUUGCCCCAGAGUCAUCAUGACGCAGCUGUAGUUCGCGUUUUUCCAGGGAGUACGGAACCCUUCAGCCCGGGACAUUUGUGACAUACUGUGACAAAAGUUUUCACUUUUCGGCGAGUUUUCAUCGCACACCGGUGUGAUGCCAGCCGGGAUGUUCAGCAUAGACAGCAUCCUCUCCGGACGGCCGAGCUGUAAGGAGCCGCUGCUGCUGCACCGGAGCGGCCCGGUGGUGCUGUCCGCCGGCCUAGCAGACUCUAUCUACACCGACUACAACGGACUGUAUUCAGCCACAUGCGGACCUUCUCCCCCCGGGGUUCAGCCUGUGAACGGCAGCAGGAUUGGAUAUAACGGCUACUACUACGGUCAGCUGCACGUCCAGGGCGCUGCAGGAGGCCCGCCGUGCUGCGGCUCUGUACCCGGCCUGAGUCCACAGCAGUGCCCCUGCAUCCCGACAGGCUACGACAGCCCGGGCUCGGUGCUGAUCUCUCCGGUCCCGCACCAGAUGAUGUCCUACAUGAAUAUGGGCAGCCUGUCGCGGACCGAGCUGCAGCUCCUCAACCAGCUGCACUGCCGCAGGAAGCGGAGGCACCGCACCAUCUUCACAGACGAGCAGCUGGAGGCUCUGGAGGGCCUCUUCCAAGAAACCAAGUACCCGGACGUCGGCACCCGCGAACAGCUGGCCCGCAAGGUCCACCUCCGGGAGGAGAAGGUCGAGGUUUGGUUCAAAAACAGACGCGCGAAGUGGAGGCGGCAGAAAAGGUCUUCGUCAGAAGAGUCAGAAAACUCUCAGAAAUGGAACAAAUCGACCAAAACGUCCGCGGAGAAAACCGAGGAGAGCAAGAGCGAGGUGGACUCAGACAGCUGAUAAUACCGGGGACCUGACACGGCCUCGCGUGCUCGUCUAGUGGAAAUUGAUGUGGACCCCGAGGCAUUCUGGUGGUGUGGUGUUGCCAUGUUGCACAGUUGUAUAUAUCUACAUUUUAUUAUUGACUCUGUGUCCGUUAUUUAUAUUUAAUUUAAGUUGGUUUUGUAAUGUUACACACGCCAGGGGGAGAGACGCCCUCUGAACUGACUGAUAUGUCUGAAUAUAUCGUAAUGUUCUAUAUGUGACAUUUUUAUGGAUAUUAAAUGUUGUAAUUCUACUAUUAUUUUUUAACUUUGUAAAGUUUUCUUUGCGCUCGCAGCCGGGGGGCUGCCUUAUUUUCUUUAGCGAAAAUGAGAAAAACAGUUUAAAGGACAAUGAGUACAAACAUUAAACCAUAAAUGAAUCAUCACUGAAACGUGUCCGAUUUCAUUUUUUGUGGCCGGCGCAGAAAACAAAUGU